UUCUAAAUUUAACUGAACGCGUCAUAUACCGUACAUAUACAUAUAUUUAUACAUGGUACAGUAAUAAUUUCUCAUUACCUCUUAUUACUCCUUUACUUUAAUUUCUGUGAUAGUAAAUAUAAAGUGAAUACCUCUCUUCUUUUGUUGUUUCCUUCUCUAAAGAUUCAACUUAACAAUACAUUUCCAUGUCUCUAAGGCCAAGAAAAUCCUUGCAAAUAUCCAUGCAUGAUGAACAGAACAAAUUACCCGAAAAUGGCUCACCAACCAAAUCCCACAAACGCAAAUGGAGGUUGGUUUUCACUGCCAUAUCCUUCACUACAACUCUUCGUUAUCUUGCCAAGAACGUAACCCAAAGCAAAGCAAAACUUUUGCGCUCCCUCUCCUAUAUCGCCAUUGACGUCCAGCCCUCCAAACGAUCAGGUGGUAAUGAUAAUAAUGAUUCUUUUUCUUUUCUUGAUAGUAUUGACCCGAAAGCUCUUGCUGAUAUUGUUAGGGCUAAGAACAUUGAAAGCCUUGUGAGUCAAUAUGGAGGAGUCAAAGAACUGGCUGAAACCCUUCAAACUGAUGUCACGAAUGGUAUUAGUAAUUCUGAUUUCAUAUAUAGAAAGAAUGUUCUUGGAGCUAAUGAAUACCAGAAGCCACCUGCAAAAGGGUUUCUCACUUUUGUGUUUGAUGCGUUUAAAGACACCGUUAUUAUCAUACUCUUGGUUUGUGCCCUGCUCUCUUUGGGGUUUGGUAUCAAGCAACAUGGCUGGAAAGAUGGGUGGUUUGAUGGGGGGAGUAUUAUUUUUGCUGUCUUUCUUGUUGUUGUGGUCUCUGCUGUGUCUAAUUUCAACCAGUCUAGACAAUUUCAGAAGCUAUCCACAAAGAGCAGUGACAUAAGGGUGGAAGUUGUUAGAGAUGGACGACGACAUCCAAUUUCUAUCUUUGACAUUGUGGUGGGUGAUGUCGUUUGCUUGAAGAUUGGUGAUCAAAUUCCGGCUGAUGGGUUAUUCUUGGAAGGCCAUGCUUUGAAAGUUGAUGAGUCUAGUAUGACUGGAGAAAGUGACCAUGUUGAGAUCAAUGUUGGUGGGAAUCCCUUUUUGUUGUCUGGAACAAAGGUGGCAGAUGGGUUUGGAACCAUGCUUGUGACUUCUGUGGGCAUGAACACCGCUUGGGGAGAGAUGAUGAGCUCAGUAAGCAGGGACUUAGAUGAAGAGACGCCUUUGCAAGCACGGCUCGAGAAGUUGACAUCUUUGAUCGGAAAGGUUGGUCUGUCUGUUGCAACACUUGUUCUUGUCGUUUUGAUGAUUCGUUAUUUCACAGGGCACACCACUGAUGAUAACGGAUUGAGGGAAUUCAAUGGCAGUAAGACUAAGUUUGAUGAUAUCAUGAAUGCUGUUAUAGGCAUUAUUGCUGCAGCAGUGACAAUCGUUGUGGUAGCAAUUCCUGAAGGUCUGCCGCUUGCUGUUACUCUUACUCUUGCUUAUUCUAUGAAGAGAAUGAUGAAAGACAAUGCAAUGGUUCGAAAGCUCUCUGCUUGUGAGACAAUGGGGUCAGCCACAACAAUCUGUACUGACAAAACAGGAACUCUUACUUUAAAUGAGAUGAAGGUUGUGGAGGUUUGGCUUGGCAAAGAACCUCUGACUCUGAGUGAAGAUGUUGUGUCGCAAAUGUCUCCAACAGUUAUCAGCUUACUGCAGGAAUCCAUUGGUUUAAACACCACUGGAAGUGUUUAUAAGCAAAGUCCUGAUUCUGCUCUUGAAAUUUCUGGUAGCCCAACCGAGAAAGCAAUACUUUCAUGGGGUGUGUUCAGUUUGGGGUUGGAUAUAGAUCAAGUCAAGACAAAAUGCGAGAUAAUCCAAGUAGAGUCCUUCAAUUCUGAGAAAAAGAGGAGUGGAGUUUUAAUAAGAAGAAAGCAGGAGAAGACUCUUCAAACCCACUGGAAAGGAGCUGCUGAAAUGGUCCUUGCUAUGUGUUCAAGCUAUUAUGACAGAGAUGGAACCAUUAGGGUCAUGAAUGACGAAGAGAGAAGAUGCAUUGAAAUAAUCAUCCAGAGUAUGGCUGCCAAGAGCUUGAGAUGCAUUGCUUUUGGGCAUAGAGAAGAACUUGAAGGAGAUGAGCAACAGGUUCAUGAGAAGCUUGAAGAAAGUGAACUCACUUUACUUGGUAUUGGAGGUCUAAAGGACCCAUGUCGACCAGGAGUUAGGAUGGCUGUCGAGACUUGCACUGCUGCCGGUGUGAGCAUUAAAAUGAUAACGGGUGACAAUGUCCACACAGCAAGAGCUAUUGCAAUUGAUUGUGGGAUUCUAAAACCUGAUGAGGAUAUGGAAAGUGAUGUUGUAGUUGAAGGUGUGAAGUUCAGGAAUUAUUCACAAGAAGAAAGAUUGGAGAAAGUUGAAAGAAUCCGAGUCAUGGCUAGGUCGUCCCCAUUUGACAAACUUCUAAUGGUUGAGUGCUUGAAGCAAAAAGGUCACGUAGUGGCAGUCACUGGAGAUGGAACAAAUGAUGCACCAGCUCUCAAGGAAGCAGAUAUUGGACUUUCAAUGGGGAUCCAAGGUACUGAAGUAGCAAAGGAAAGCUCAGAUAUAGUUAUUUUGGAUGAUAAUUUUACUUCGGUGGUAACUGUUCUAAGAUGGGGAAGGUGUGUAUACAACAACAUUCAGAAAUUCAUUCAGUUUCAGCUUACUGUGAAUGUUGCUGCUCUAGUUAUCAACUUUGUAGCCUCUGUGUCUUCUGGUAAAGUCCCAUUGACUGCUGUCCAGCUUUUGUGGGUGAACCUUAUCAUGGAUACAUUAGCAGCUUUAGCAUUAGCCACUGAACAACCAACCAACGAACUCAUGAAGAAACCGCCUGUGGGUCGAAAGGAGCCUCUCAUUACCAGAAUCAUGUGGAGAAACCUCAUUGCACAUGCUUUGUUUCAAGUCACUGUCUUGCUGACUCUACAAUUCAAGGGAAGAUCAAUCUUCAAUGUAGAUGAAAAGGUCAAGAACACAAUCAUUUUCAAUACUUUUGUUCUAUGCCAAGUCUUCAACGAAUUCAAUGCAAGGAAACUGGAAAAGAAGAAUAUAUUUCAAGGGAUACACAAGAAUAAACUCUUUUUGGGUAUCAUUGGAGUUACAAUACUGCUUCAAGUGUUGAUGGUGGAGUUUCUGAAGAAGUUUGCUAGUACUGAAAGGCUGAAUUGGGGGCAAUGGGGUGCUAGCAUUGGCAUUGCAGCUUUGUCUUGGCCAAUUGGUUGGCUUGUCAAGUGCAUCCCAGUUUCUGGAAACAAGGUGGUAGAUCCUGCAAGUUAAUAGAUAGUAGUAAUGAGUUCCUUUGCAUUUUUUAUUUCUUUUAUUUUUUUUCUUUGUAAAGAAAGAUAACUUCAGUGUAGGGUUAGGAUCAUAAGCAUUUAUGGCUAAGUAGUCAUUUUGUUCUUCCUUGUUUGAAAGAAUGUGCUCGUUUUUGUUAAUAGUAGUUUCAACAUUAGAAAUAAAGCACAUUUUCACUUUAAAA